AUGGUUGGGUGUUCGGCCCUGGGUUGCACCAACUCAACGGAGAAGGGUCACAAGGUGUUCCGAGUACCUUGGGACCCUCAGCGUAAGAUGCAAUGGGCAGUAGCGCUCCGACGAAAGCAAAAGAACGGCGACUUGUGGAUUCCCGGCGUCGGCGCACGUGUGUGCUCUGCGCAUUUUGUCGAAGAGAAACGCAGCAACGACCCCAGCCACGUCGAUUAUGUGCCGUCUAUCUUCUCGUACAACAACGAUAGUCGUGCCCGAUCACGCAGGAGGAUUGAAAUGCAUCAUCGCCAUGCUGCAAUAUCGCGAAAACGGUUGGUAUCGCAGGAACAGCAGGCUAGCUGCUCCAGUAUCAACACUGCUGUAGAAAGUUUGGACGAUAUGGACAGUAUGAGCGAUGUGGACAGCAUGGAUGCAGCGGAAGGGUCGCCAACUGGUGACAACAUGGUAGACGCAGAGGUCCAGGCGACAGAAUCAGCAGGGAUGUGUGCAAACUGUUACUCCUUGGUGAAGGAACGGGAUGCACUCAGCGACGAGGUUUCCACACUGAGACGAAGGUGCAAGAGGCUGAAAGCAAAGCUGAAUUCGUGCCAGGAUGUUGGGCAGAUGAGCGAAAAGAAGGGCUCACAAAGGCAACAUUCUUGGCAGUGCUGGCAGCUGUGGUUGCUGCAUUACCACCUGCACGCAAAUGCCUUCCACACCCAAGCCAACUGCUGCUGUUUUUAA